UUAUCGCCAAGUUAUUCUAUUUUGAGAUUCAGGAAAAGUAAAAGAAGAAACAACUACAAAAGCAACGCAAAGAACAUUUGCAACAUUAUCAAAGUAUUCUCGUGAGGUGACACGAGAGGAAGAGGCUCCGGUUCCCGUCGGCCUCGUCUUUCGUCCGGCCAGUGGCACUGUGGUCCUCUCCGGUGCUCUCCGACUCUAGUCCUCCCCUCUCGCGCUACAAAGGCAACAAUAACAACAGCUGCACUUAUCACACGCAGGGCUUCGCGACGCGGGGAUGACUGACUGGAAGCUCCAGCGCGUCGCUUCUGCGAAGCUGUUGCACUUGUUUUAAUGGCCGGUCGCCCCUCGAGACUCUCUACUCGUGCGGCUCUCCUCCCUCCGAGGCGCGGGGUCGUGUUGCUGUGCGCGUCAACAAUGAGGACCACGCUGCCGGAGCGACGCUGAGCGCAUUGCCACUCAUUGGGAUUUGUGUAUUUAUAUUUAGCCCCGGUGGAGAGGGACGAGCGAGGCGGAAAGAGGAGACCGCGAUCCCGGUGUAGUCUGACAUUUUGAUCCCUUUGAAACUGCUCGGAGCACAGCCCCCCACCCCCCCAACACAAACUUGUCUUUCGUCUCGCGGUGCGCGUUAUGUGGUGGUGAGUGCUCCACAGUGUGUGUGUGCGUGUGUGUGAGUGUGUGCGUGUGCGCGCGCGCGUGUGUGUGUGUGUGUGUGUGUGUGAGUGAAGAGGGAGGAAUAGCGCAGAUUUAUCUCCAGCUCCGGUGGAGGGAAAAUAAGAUUUAAAAGAAAAGAUGAUGAUGGCUGGUGGCGGCGGAGCGGCCGUGGACCACAACGGGAUAUACUCCAACCCUAACCUCCACAGCCUGCAGCAGCAGCCCCUUAUGGAGGCGGACAACCCGGACUCCCGCAAACGACCGCUGGAAACUCCGGCGGAGGAGGCCAGCUGUACCAAGCGCACCAAUACCGGAGAGGAGGGCGAGUACUUCCUGAAGGUGCUGAUCCCCAGCUAUGCAGCCGGCUCUAUAAUCGGCAAGGGUGGACAGACCAUCGUACAACUGCAGAAAGAGACGGGUGCCACCAUUAAGCUGUCCAAAUCCAAAGACUUCUACCCAGGAACAACAGAACGGGUCUGUCUGAUACAGGGUACAGUCGAGGCCCUCAAUGGUGUCCACAACUUCAUCGCGGAGAAAGUCCGCGAGAUGCCCCAGAGCGCCCAGAAACCCGAACCGGUCAGCAUACUGCAGCCACAGACCACCGUCAACCCAGACCGCGUCAAACAGGCCAAAUUGAUCGUGCCCAAUAGCACAGCUGGGCUUAUCAUUGGCAAGGGUGGAGCCACGGUCAAAGCGGUGAUGGAGCAGUCAGGGGCUUGGGUACAGCUCUCUCAGAAGCCAGAGGGCAUCAACCUGCAGGAGCGGGUGGUGACCAUCAGUGGGGAGCCUGAGCAGAACCGCAAGGCCGUGGAGAUCAUAGUGCAGAAGAUCCAGGAGGACCCUCAGAGCAGCAGCUGCCUCAACAUCAGCUAUUCCAACGUCUCAGGUCCAGUGGCCAACUCCAACCCCACCGGCUCCCCCUACGCCAAUACGGCCGAGGUGCUGCCCAAUGCAGCCGCAGCAGCCGCCGCCACCGCCUCCAGCCUUCUGGGCCAGGCCGGCUUGACAGGAAUGGGCGGCUUCCCCGCGACCAUGUCCAGCUUCUCUGGCAACGAUCUGCUGGCCAUCACCUCGGCCCUCAACACGCUGGCCAGCUACGGCUACAACACUAACACCCUAGGUCUGGGCCUCAACCCUGCAGCCGCUUCUGGGGUCCUCGCUGCAGUAGCAGCUAGUGCCAACCCGGCCGCUGCCGCCGCAGCCAACCUACUGGCCUCCUACGCCAGUGAUGCCUCCGGCGGUGCUGGCCACCAUGCUGCGACCCUUGGGGGGUUCUCGCUGGGUUCUCUAGCAGCUGCUACAGGGGCUUCCAAUGGUUACCUAAAUGCUUCAUCCCCACUGAUGGCCUCCUCCUUAUUGGCAGCAGAGAAGCUGGGGGACGGGGCGAAGGACGUGGUUGAGAUCGCUGUACCCGAGAAUCUGGUCGGUGCCAUUUUGGGGAAAGGAGGGAAAACGCUGGUGGAGUACCAGGAGCUAACGGGAGCCCGCAUCCAGAUCUCCAAAAAGGGAGAGUUCAUUCCUGGUACUCGGAACCGUAAAGUUACCAUAACAGGGUCGCCAGCCGCUACGCAAGCAGCGCAGUAUUUGAUCAGCCAACGGAUCACUUACGAGCAGGGCGUGCGCGCUACCAACCCACAAAAGGUGGGCUAAAAGGAAAAUGAAGAGGAAAGUAGGAAAGGAUGAAGACCGAGAUAGAAGGGAAUUGAGAGGGUCACGAUGAAUAGAAAAAAGAAACGUCCAAAUAUCUGUUCAAUAUUUCCGUAUCAAAUGAAUGAAUGACAAAAGGAGGAGGUGGGGGAGACAACCAAGAUAAGUGUGUGUGAUAUGUGAAUGUGUUUUUAGGACUGACGUCCUGAUGUUUUUUAAAAGUUUGUGUCGAGUCCUUUUGACGAUGGUGAUCAGAGUAAGCUGAACUGGUCCACUGCCAAGCUGCAGAUUCAAGGGUGAGGCCGCAGGGUUUCACCCUCCUCCAAAACCUCAUAGCUGUUCUGUUUUAUUUUGGAUUUGUUUGGGUUUCUUUUGGUUUUAUUUUCAGUUGCAAACCUCAGCUCCCGGUGAGUUGAGCGAGUCGGAUGAAGCUCCAGCCAGCCGAUGGAGCUGUUUUACAAACCUUGUUCUUUGCGUACAAUGCAGAAGGCGUUGUGAACAGGGGAGAGGUUUUUAUGACAAGCACCUGAGGUCAUCUCCGUCUACGGGGAAGCAAUCUGCGCAUCAUUUGUUAAAAAAAGUCAUAUCUAUGUUGACGUCUGUCGAAUUCUGGCUCAUAUCAUAAUUGAAGUUUCUAAAUUUGGGUAUUUUAUAUUUCCAUCCUUUAUUUAUUGACAUGGUCUCAUUCAAACACAAAUAGAUUAUUUAAACCUGUGAAUGCAGGUUGAUCUGAAUGUAAAAACAAUAUAAGCCUAUCGCUAUUUUUUAUUUACAGGGAUCAAAUAUUGUGUUGCAGUGAAAGAAAUGUAUAACAAAAAAAACAAAAAAAACCCGGCCUGGACUUCACUGCUGCUGAGUAUAGUUCAGGGGUUGAAUAAUCAAUGUGAGAGGAUAGAGGAGACACACAGGAAUGUAUGAAUAUAUUUUACAAGAAACACAUCCUCGAUGAUGCUCCCACAAAACACGGAAACACAUUUGCAUAUUCAGUCACAGCUAGAAACACACGGAAAUAUGUCGUUUAACCCUUUCUUGGUGCUAUAGGAUUAGGUUUUUAUCUCCUUAUACCAUGAAAUCAGAACCCCUCUGGGGACUAUUAAACUAAAAACAGCCGAUGUGUUGUCCAGCCCGUUAGCAGCCCAUUGGAUCUCACCCAACCUCUCACUUUAUAAAAAAGGAUUGAUUUUAGCCUGUCACGACUAAAAACAAUCCAGUCUUAAUAUCUCAAGUCCAUCCUCGCUCCCAAUGCAGGUUUUUUAUUUUCUCAAUCUUCGGAAACAAAAUUGGCCAUACUCUACAUUUUCCCUGACGAUACAUUUGCCUUAGUCACACAUUUCCCAAUAAUUAACCUAAUGCUCAGAUUACCUUGAAGCAGUGUCUCACCAGUUCAGUCGGCACUACAAACGCGUUUUGAUAAGAAAAGCUGUAUGAACCAAUAUCUGUGAACAAAGAAACUAAUGCCUUUACAUUAAGGGUACCAAAUAGUCAAGAGACACACACACACACACACACACACACAUACACACACACACACUUAUGAAAGGGAAGUAGAAUGACACUUGAAAAGAAGGGUUUGGACUCACUUUGUUUUCUGGGAGCCAUCCUUCCCAAUUUGCAUCAAGACAAAACAAAACAAAAACUUCGGUUGAUAUAGGCAGCCUGUUAUCGUUCCCAAAAACACGUUAGCACUCACUAACUGCGGGCGGAUUAAAACGCAGGGCAAUGUUCGGGCAUCGUUGUCUUUUUAUGGGCAAUCGUCGGUCUAAUGCAGGGAGGCUAAUUGUCCAGAGCAUUUCCCGAGCACUCGAAGAUUACCGUGGCUUCCUUCUGUGCUGCUAUCUAUGGUGUUCAUCCUGAGUACACUGGGUCUCUGAAGACUGCACUGUGAGACAUGAAGACAACACAAUGUAAAGCGUGUCUGUCCCCCGCCGGGACGCGAGUAUAUUUCAAUGUGCACAUCUAUGUCAUGUAAACCAGACCCCACCAAUACUGACAGACGGGAUAUAUUAUAUUAUCCGCAAGAGCAUUUAUACUCCAGCGUCUUGUGAUGUUUAUGUUUACCAGCACCAAUGCACUGCACUUCAAUUAGAGGGCCGUUUUCGUUUUCUCUUUUGGGGGGUUUCCAGCGAAUCACAAAUUAUUCCCACCGCACUUUCCUGUUGCAUCCACCCUCUAAAGACAUCUUUCAAUUGUCCCCAUCAACCCAAGCUCUAUGACCAGCUUCCUGAAUACACGGCUGUGAGGGUUGGUGCUGAGUGGUGUCCCAGGAAAUUCAGAACCUCUCCCCUUUGUGUUUUCUGCUCUAUUUUUUUCUUUUGGGAAAUUUAACGAAUUGCCUUUUUCAUUUCCACAAAUUCACAUUUGAAGGUAAACGGAUUGGAACCGAGCCUUUGUGUCCGAACAUUGCAACAGUGAGCCUUUUACUUCCUAAACUGAAAUCUCUCCUUUCACCACACGUCCUUGAAGGCUUUCUCGCUCAUCCAUAACUCAAAUCUGACCACUAGUGAAACCUUAGCAUACGGAUAACCUUUUACUGCCCACGAUUUUUAGCAUAUAUUAAGAUACAAGCACAAAACAAGGGGAUGUUUUAUCAAUGCAACUGGACUGCUUGACUGCAAGGGGGGCUCUCCGAUCAUGACAUUGUGCCAAAUGCUAUUUCUCUCCGCCCUCUCAUUGACUUUACUCUUUCUCUCGACAUUCUUACCCCCCUCCUCCCUCCACGCACCUACCCCCGCAUGUUGCUGUUUCUCGACGAUCCGAGACUCCUCCCGCUUCCCGAACUGUCUGUGCUUAUUCCUACACUGUGC